AUGAUGAACGUUAGUGAACGUUAUCGGUACAAUUGUUCAGAUAAACAAUAUAUUAGCUAUCAACAAUUAGGGGAUGGAAAAAUCGAUUGUGAUAAUGGCAAUGAUGAACUUUUGAGAUGGCAAAAUUUUCAAUGUACUUCUAGAACAAGUAAUAUUUGUCAAUCAUUCAGAACUACCAUACUUCAAAAUGAUAAUUUAGUAUUUUACGAAGAACACUGUGAUACAUUUGUCAGUGAUUCGAGUGGAGCUGAUGAACGUGGAUGUGAUAAAUGGGUUUGUCCACUUGAUCGAAUUCAAUGUGUGAGUACGGGACAAUGUAUUAAAGAUGAAUGGAUUUGUGAUAAGGAAUGGGAUUGUUUUGAUGGUAGUGACGAAUUGAAUUGCUCAAUAUCAGAACAUCUUGAUCAAUCAGUUUGUAAUAUAACCCAUGAACAUUUUUGUUUAACAAAAGAAUAUCUUGACGAUCCAAGUAAUAAUCGACCAUGUCUUGAUUAUAAAAAAGCUGGUGAUGGUAAUUCCGAUUGUUUAGGCGCAAUAGAUGAAAGAAAUAUACGAUUUUGUAAUGGAACCAAUUUAUUAAUAGGUGAUCAAUUUCAAUGUAAUAACGGAUCUUGUAUGUUAGCUAAUCAAGUCUGUGAUGGUCAAAACGAUUGUUCAGACGGCGAAGACGAAAGUUUUUGCCAUUUGAAUAUUUCUAAUCAUGCCUGUGUCACACUUGUUUCAUCGCAUUAUUGUGAAGGUGGCCGGUGCCAAAAAAAUUGUCAGUUCAUUAAUAACACAAUUAAAGCUGGUUGCCAUAUAACAAAUAAGAAGUGUAUAUUAAUGAGUAAAACAUAUCGGACAUUUGAAAUGUCGACCUCACUCAGUUAUCUAAGCUGUAACAAGUCACAAACAGAUACCGAGACAGAGAUUUAUAAAAACAGUUCAACAUCAUCAAUUGAAUAUUCAGGUUAUUGUAAUAAAGGAUUUUAUUUAUUAUCUAACAAAGUACCAUUAUGUUUUUGUCCGUUAACUUAUUAUGGUGAACGAUGUGAAUUGCAAAGUCGCCGCAUCUCUUUGCGUGUAACGCUUAAUCGUUUACAUCGACAAGAUUUACCAGAUAUUGUGCAUGUUCUUGUUUUGUUACUUUGUAAUGAUACACAAAUUGUUGAUCACACAUAUUUCGUUGAUUCAAAAGAAGAUCUAUCAAAACACAAUGAAUCAUUAUUCUAUUCUCGUCCAUUCUUGAAGUGUGAAUAUUCGGUUCAAUUUGAAGUAUAUUCAAUCAAAAAAUCACUAAUUAUACUAAAUGGUUUAUUUAAAUACAAUAUAACACAUUCGUUUCUACCAUCUUAUCGUCUAGCAAAAAUAUUAUAUUAUCCUGAUAAUGGUAAAAAUCCAUUAAAGUGUUCAUUGUUGUGUGAGCAUAAUGGUACCUGCUAUUCAACCAUGGAGGACGUACGAGUUGAUAUUUGUAUAUGUCAGAAAGGAUGGUCAGGAAAGACAUGUGAAUACAAAUAUGACGAUAAAUAUUGUGAUUCAGAGCACAGCCUCUCUCGUUCAUCUAAUAUAUGUAUAUGUCACGAAGGUUAUCUAUUACCAAACUGCUCUGUAAAGAAUGACGUUUGUGAAUCCUCUCCUUGCAUGAAUAAUGGCACAUGUUACCCAACACCAACUGGUUAUGAUUUUUUUUCAUGUAUUUGUCCAAAAGCAUUCGAAGGUUGGAGAUGUGAAAAUGAAAAAUUAAGCUUAACUCUUGAAGAUAUGUCAUCCGAACAUCCAUUUAUCAUAAGAUCUGUUCGAAUUCAUAACACGUUCACAAGCAUCGAAAAUCAAGUUCUUAAGUUAUCGGGCCAGAAAAAUUAUACAUUUGACUUUCAUCGUCAAUAUGGGGAUGAAAACAAGACAAAUUUUGUAUUUUUAUAUACUUAUGACAGAACGGAUAUAAAUAUUACCAAACAUCUCUCUUUUAUGCACAAAUUUUGCGAUUUUACUAACAUAAACAAAACAAUAAUCAAAUAUAAUAAUACGCGUAUAUGUCUGAAUAUUAGGGGAUCGAAUUUAAGUGUAUUAUCUUUGGCAAAAUAUUGUCAAAAUAUUUCGGAGAUGUGUUUUUAUGAUAAAAACCAUAUGUGCCUCUGUGAAAAUCGUAAUCGAAGUGAAUGUUUCCGGUACAAUCAUGAUUUAAUUUAUUGUAACGUGGGUAAUUUGUGUAAAAAUGGUGGAAUGUGUAUUCAAGGUGAUCAAAGUAAUAAUAAAGAUAUAGCAUGCAUCUGUCCUGAAUGUACAUUUGGAGAACAGUGUCAAUUUUCUGACAGAUUUCUUCUAUCAUUCGAAACACUAAUCACAUUGAUAUCACCUAAGAAAAUAUCAUUGUAUCAUUUAAUGAUACCGAUCUUCUUUUUUACAUUUGGAUUUUUCUUUAAUGGUUUAAGUUUAUUGACAUUUAAACAAUCCAGAACACGUACACAAGGUUGUGGUGUCUAUUUAUUAUUAAAUAGUUGUCUAUGUCAAAUAUCAUUAACAUUUUUAGUAAUUCAUAUCAUAUAUUUAAUUGUAUCACAUCUCCCAAUUGUAAUUAAUUCAGUAUUAAAUCUUAUGCUCUGUAAAAGUAUAGAUACGAUUAUUAUCUCAUUAUCCUAUUCAGUAUUGUGGUUAUCAGCAUUUGUGACUGGAGAACGUGCAUUAAGUGUUUUAAAACCAAUAGGUUUAUUAUCUCUGAAAACACCAAAAUGUGCUAUGAUUAUAACGUGCAUCAUCUUAUUCAUUACAUUUGGUUCAUCCGUUUAUACUCAUGCUUUCAUGUAUAAAACCGUUCAUCCAGCUGAUAAAACUUUGACAUGGUGUGUACGUGAAAUAUCUCCAUAUCAUCAACAUUUCGUGAAUGGAUUGAUGAUGAUACAUACGACAUGUCCAUUUAUUUUAAAUUUUAUAUUUGCAAUGGUAAUUAUUGUUAUUAUUAGUCGUACAAAAAGAAAUUUUCAUAAUUCAUCGCAUCGAGAAACUUUGUUUACACAAAUUCGUCAACGUCAAGAUUUGUUAUUAGGACCGAUUUUUGGUCUUAUAGUACACACACCACAAUUAGUUAUUCAGCUUUUAAAUGGUUGCAAUUAUUUAGAUAACAUGUUGUUUAUACACAUCAUAUUAGCGACUUAUUAUAUCUCAUUUAUUCCGCAAACUACAAUUUUUUUCUUUUAUGUCUUAACAUCGUCAUCAUACAAAGCCGCGUUAUUACAAGAGGCAACAAUUGGUAGAUGGUUUAAUAGAAAAUUUAGAGAUGAAAUGAUGAAUAGAGCAUCAUCAAAACAAUGUGAAAAUUUAAGAGCCAUUGUCCUAUAUCAUUUAACAAGAGAAAAUCAAGAUGAUCCGACAGUCACUGCACCGUGUGCAGCUUCUACAGAGCAGGCGGACAUGUAA